CCGCGACGCCAAUCCUUCGAGCCCGUGUCGCGUUCCACUUAAGCAAGCCUCAGCUUAGCCAAGAAAUAAUCAUGGCUUCACACCAGCGGUCGGCCUCCGUGGCCGGCACAAGGGAGAAGACCUAUUUUGAGCAGCAGAGGGAGGCGUUAAUAGGGGAGAUUGCCAUGAGCUUUGAGCAUGUCCUGGCCAACAUCAACAAGCUGAACCGGUCUCUUGAGGCGGUUAUUGCUGUGGGCAAUGAGUUCUCGUCGGUAGAGGCGUUGUGGUCACAGUUUGAGAAUGUCAUGGCCCAGGAUCCCGAAGAGGGCAAUACCAAGCAGGAGGAGCAGGGUGAUGGGCAUGACGAGGGUGAUCAGACCAAGAACGAGGAAGACGAGAAGUCUUGAGCGGAAAAGGUUGGGAGAGGUAGGCGUUAUUUGGGAAAUGGUGGGUUCCGAGCGAUCACGUCGUGAUAGAAGAAGACAUAGAACGGUUACGAAAAUGAUACCCAAAAACAAGGCAAUCACAUGUUCGGCUCGGAAGGCUGAUUCACAAGUAACA